AAAAACUGUCUCCCUGGCCGGAGGCCAGCGUCCCAGCCCCCUCGCCGCCGCCGCGCCGCAGCCAGGGAAAACAACUGCUCACUUCUCCCUGCGUCCUGCCCGCGCUCCCUGCUUCCCGACCGCCCGGGAGUCCAGCCCGGCCGGGGGAGGCGCGGAGCGGGCCGGCCGCCCGGCCUUCCUCCCCUCGCUCCUCCUCUCCGCCUCGACUUGCUGCGGCCUCCUCGCGCCUGCCUCUGGCUGGGGCCUUUGCAGGCCCCCGGUCCGGCCCGUGGCUGGGUUCCUUUCCGGGCGGUGGAAGUUUCUGGGCUCCGCGCAGUCCAGCCUCCAUCUCUUGGCCUCCCGUGCGCCCCCGCCCGCGCCUGCCGUCCCCUCCCUGCGCGCUUCCUCUGUCCCUCGCCCUCGCUGCCCCCUCUGCCCUCUCCCGUGGCUCCUGGCUUGCUGCCCGCCUGGGGCGCCGGGAUCAUAGCCCCGGUCCCGGCGCGCCCCCUGGGUCUUGAGGCCCCGGAUGCCCGGGCCCCGAGGGGCUGCUAGCGGCCUGGCCCCUGAGAUGCGCGGGGCGGGGGCGGCGGGGCUGCUGGCGCUGCUCCUGCCGCUGCUGCCGCUGCUGCUGCUGGGCCCGGGCGGCGGGGCCGAGGGGGGGCCGGCGGGCGAGCGGGGCGCCGGCGGGGGCGGGGCGCUGGCCCGCGAGCGCUUCAAGGUGGUCUUUGCGCCGUUGAUCUGCAAGCGGACCUGUCUCAAGGGCCAGUGUCGGGACAGUUGUCAGCAGGGCUCCAACAUGACGCUCAUCGGAGAGAACGGCCACAGCACCGACACGCUCACGGGCUCCGGCUUCCGCGUGGUGGUGUGCCCUCUGCCCUGCAUGAAUGGCGGCCAGUGCUCUUCCCGAAACCAGUGCCUGUGUCCUCCGGACUUCACGGGUCGCUUCUGCCAGGUGCCCGCUGGAGGAGCCGGCGGGGGCGCUGGCGGCUCAGGCCCCGGAGUGGGCCGGGCCGGAGCCCUAUCCGCAGGCGUGCUGGCUCCAGACAGCGAGUCUAUGGCCAGCAAGCACGCCAUCUACGCGGUCCAGGUGAUCGCUGAUCCGCCCGGGCCCGGGGAGGGGCCCCCUGCCCAGCAUGCGGCCUUCCUGGUGCCCUUAGGGCCAGGACAGAUCUCAGCAGAAGUGCAGGCCCCGCCCCCCGUGGUGAACGUGCGCGUCCACCACCCACCCGAGGCCUCGGUCCAAGUGCACCGCAUCGAAGGGCUGAACGCGGAGGGCCCCGCCCCGUCCCAGCACCUGCUGCCACACCCGAAGCCGCAGCACCCCCGGCCACCUACCCAGAAGCCCCUGGGUCGCUGCUUCCAGGACACGCUGCCCAAGCAGCUCUGCGGCAGCAACCCCCUCCCCGGCCUCACCAAGCAGGAGGACUGCUGCGGGAGCAUCGGUACUGCCUGGGGCCAGAGCAAGUGCCACAAGUGUCCCCAGCUGCAGUACACAGGGGUGCAGAAGCCAGGGCCUGUGCGCGAGGUGGGCUCUGACUGCCCCCAGGGCUACAAGAGACUCAACAGCACUCACUGCCAGGACAUCAAUGAGUGUGCGAUGCCCGGCGUGUGUCGCCAUGGUGACUGCCUCAACAACCCCGGCUCCUAUCGCUGCGUCUGCCCACCUGGCCAUAGCUUGGGCCCCUCCCGGACACAGUGCAUUGCAGACAAGCCCGAGGAGAAGAGCCUGUGUUUCCGCCUGGUGAGCCCCGAGCACCAGUGCCAGCACCCGCUGAACACGCGCCUCACCCGCCAGCUCUGCUGCUGCAGCGUCGGCAAGGCCUGGGGCACGCGGUGCCAGCGCUGCCCCACCGACGGCACGGCCGCCUUCAAGGAGAUCUGUCCAGCCGGAAAGGGGUACCACAUCCUCACUUCCCACCAGACGCUCACCAUUCAGGGCGAAAGUGACUUUUCGCUUUUCCUGCACCCUGACGGGCCGCCCAAGCCCCAGCAGCAGCUGCCCGAGAGCCCCAGCCGGGGGCCACCGCCUGCGAACACAGAGGGAGAGAGAGGGGUGAGCACUGACUCACCGGCGAUCGAGGAGCAGCCGGCACAGCAGAGCCACCCGACCUCGACCACCUCUCCGGCCAAGUCCUACCCCGAGCUGAUCUCCCGGCCCUCGCCCUCCACCGUGCGCUGGUUCCUGCCGGACUUGCCCCCUUUAGAGAUCGCCCCUACGCAGGUCACAGAGACAGACGAGUGCCGACUGAACCAGAACAUCUGCGGCCACGGAGAGUGCAUCCAGGGCCCCUCCGGCUACUCCUGCCAUUGCAACCCGGGCUACCGGUCACACCCCCAGCACCACUACUGCGUGGACGUGAACGAGUGCGAGGCGGAGCCCUGCGGCAACGGCAGGGGCAUCUGCAUGAACACCGGCGGCUCCUACAACUGCCACUGCAACCGCGGCUACCGCCUGCACGUGGGCGCCGGGGGGCGCUCGUGCGUGGACCUGAACGAGUGCGCCAAGCCCCACCUGUGCGGCGACGGCGGCUUCUGCAUCAACUUCCCCGGUCACUACAAGUGCAACUGCUAUCCUGGCUACCGGCUCAAAGCCUCCCGACCGCCCGUGUGCGAAGACAUCGACGAGUGCCGAGAUCCUAGCUCCUGUCCGGAUGGCAAAUGCGAGAACAAACCCGGGAGCUUCAAGUGCAUCCCCUGUCAGCCUGGCUACCGCAGCCAGGGGGGCGGGGCCUGUCGCGACGUGAACGAAUGCGCCGAGGGCACCCCCUGCUCUCACGGCUGGUGUGAGAACCUCCCAGGCUCUUUCCGCUGCACGUGCUCCCAGGGCUACGCGCCUGCGCCCGACGGCCGCAGUUGCCUGGAUGUGGACGAGUGUGAGGCUGGGGACGUGUGUGACAAUGGCAUCUGCACCAACACGCCAGGCUCCUUUCAGUGUCAGUGCCUCUCCGGCUACCAUCUGUCGAGGGACUGGAGCCGCUGUGAGGACAUCGAUGAGUGUGACUUCCCCGCAGCCUGCAUUGGGGGUGACUGCAUCAACACCAACGGCUCCUACCGAUGUCUCUGUCCCCAGGGGCACCGGCUGGUGGGCGGCAGGAAGUGCCAAGACAUAGAUGAGUGCAGUCAGGACCCGGGCCUGUGCCUUCCCCACGGGGCCUGCAAGAACCUGCAGGGCUCCUACGUCUGCGUGUGUGACGAGGGCUUCACACCCACGCAGGACCAGCACGGCUGCGAGGAGGUGGAGCAGCCCCAUCACAAGAAGGAGUGCUACCUUAACUUUGAUGACACGGUGUUCUGCGACAGUGUGCUGGCCACCAAUGUCACCCAGCAGGAGUGCUGCUGCUCGCUGGGGGCCGGCUGGGGAGACCACUGCGAGAUCUACCCCUGCCCAGUCUACAGCUCAGCUGAGUUCCACAGCCUCUGCCCCGACGGGAAGGGCUACACCCAGGACAACAGCAUCGUCAACUACGGCAUCCCAGCCCAUCGUGACAUCGACGAGUGCAUCUUGUUCGGGGCCGAGAUCUGCAAGGAGGGCAAGUGCGUGAACACACAGCCCGGCUACGAGUGCUACUGCAAGCAGGGCUUCUACUACGACGGGAACCUGCUGGAGUGCGUGGACGUGGACGAGUGCUUGGAUGAGUCCAACUGCCGGAACGGAGUGUGUGAGAACACGCGAGGAGGCUACCGCUGCGCCUGCACGCCCCCCGCCGAGUACAGCCCCGCCCAGCGACAGUGUCUGAACCCCGAGGAGAUGGAUGUGGACGAGUGCCAGGACCCCGCAACCUGCCGCCAUGGCCGCUGUAUCAACCUACCGGGCUCCUACCGCUGCGAGUGUCGCCCGCCAUGGGUGCCUGGGCCCUCUGGCCGAGACUGCCAGCUCCCCGACAGCCCCGCCGACCGUGCCCCGGAGCGUCGGGACGUGUGCUGGACCCAGCGCGGGGAGGACGGCAUGUGUGCGGGCGCCCUGGCUGGGCCCACGCUCACCUUUGAAGACUGCUGCUGUCGCCAGGGCCGCGGCUGGGGUUCCCAGUGCCGCCCCUGCCCGCCGCGCGGCGCUGGUUCCCAGUGCCCAACAUCACAGAGCGAGAGCAAUUCCUUCUGGGACGCGAGCCCCCUACUGCUGGGGAAGCAGCCGCGAGAAGAGGACAGCUCAGAGGAAGAUUCGGACGAGUGCCGCUGCGUAAGCGGCCGCUGCGUGCCACGGCCCGGAGGAGCCGUGUGCGAGUGUCCGGGUGGCUUCCAGCUUGACGCCUCCCGAGCGCGCUGCGUAGACGUCGACGAGUGUCGAGAGCUGAACCAGCGCGGACUGCUGUGCAAGAGCGAGCGCUGCGUGAACACUAAUGGUUCCUUUCGCUGCGUCUGCAAAGCUGGCUUCGUGCGCAACCGCCCUCAUGGGGCCUGCGUGCCCCAGCGCCGCCGCUGACACCACCUUCGGCCUGGACCUCGCUGAUCACCAAGCGGUUUCUCCCCAACACUGGGGCAAGCUCAGCCUCUAGCUUCUGCCUGGACUCCACGGCUCAGACCCAGGGACCCUCUGGGCCUGCAGACCCCUUCCAGAGACCCGUGUCCCCAGGGUGCCCGCGCGGCUCCACCUGGUUGACAGGAUGUGGGGUCUUCCGGGUGCUGCCGCCUUUCCUCCCAGAGGGUGUUCCCUAGACACCGACUGACAAAGCAGGCCGUGCCUCUUUCCUCUCGGCUUUGUGGGGGGCUCGGACUCGGCGGGGCGGCGCCAGACCCCGGCCUCCUUGGAGGGGCUAGACUGAGCCCCGCACGAGGGAUGUGAAAUACAAUUUAUUGUGGUUCUGAUUAUGUACACGUGAAAUGUGCCUGGCGGGGCUGGCCGGGCUGGCACGGUUUGUACAAUAAAUACACCCAUGGGGCCUGCUCUCCAUGGCCGGAAAGCGCCCACA